AUGAGUCAUUUUCUUAACACUCGACAUCAACAGAAGAGUAUCAGUGAGGAUUGCCUUUAUCUCAAUAUUUUUACCAGUGAAAAUUGCUUGACAGAAAAGUGCGCAGUUAUAGUUUAUUUUCAUGGCGGAGCCUUUCUCGCAGAAUCCGCUGUGAUGUUUUCGGAUGAAUUCAUUUUGGAGAGAUAUGUGUCAGAAGACGUGGUUUUUGUCACAUCCGCAUAUCGUUUGGGGGUUUUUGGGCAGUUGUAUUUUGGACCAAAUGGAGUGCUAAGCGAGAAUCUUUUGGUCCAUGAUUCCGUGAAAUCUCUCGAAUUCGUCCAUAAUGAAAUUUCAAACUUUGGAGGAAACCCUAAACAAGUCACUAUUAUGGGACACUCAGCUGGCGCGGCUCUCGUCAAUUUUUUGGGAUUUUCAGAUAUUAUUGAUCCAACACUGUUCCAACAGAUUAUUGCGAUCAGUGCACCCAUGAGUUUUAUAUUUUAUGAUGACGCAAUUAACAAUUCGUAUAAAUUUGCUGAAAAAUUGGGGUGUUUCGGUGGAAAUCGGAGUUCAAUGGAUGUCAAAAGUACGCUGAACUGUUUGCAAAAGUUUAAUGAUACAGAGAUAUUGAAUGCACAAACUGAAAUGGUACAAACGAAUUUCAAUAGUUUCAAUGGAGUCAUUCAAGGAGAGCCGGUUAUGAAGCGAAAUGGAAAAAUUGCGAAUUUUAAAAAGAAUGCACCUAAAAGACACAUAGUAUGUGGAUCUACUCAACUGGAGUUUGGAAAAGACCCAUUUCAAUAUAAACCAGCUGGAAAUUUUUUGGACAUUGAAAAUCCAAAGGAGGUGUUUGAUUUUUAUGACACGAAAAUGCAUAAUACCGAACCAAGAUGGACGGAUCCGAGUUCUGCGUCCGUAUACAUUUCCUCUAGAACAUACUGUGAAGCUAUGGCAAAUGCCGGAGCCAACGCUUAUAUCUAUGAAACGCGACAGAAACCGGAAUCGCUUCAUGUGUCGGAUAUGCAGUAUUUCAUUGGGAUCCAUAGAGAGAAGGUUCAUACUUCGGAUAUGGAUAUUUUGGAUAGUUUUUACUCAAAAAUGUUGGUUAACUUUACAAAAACCGGGGUGCCGGCGCCAGGAUGGGAGAAACUAGACCCAAAACGAAUGAACUAUCUGGAGCUCAAGGUCGAUACAGAACUGGGAAAAGGUCCAAGGAUGCUGGAAAAUUAUCAUGACAAGGAAAUGGAGACUUGGUUUGGAGAAGUUAUGGAAUAUGAUAGGAAUGUUACGAAACAGAAACUCAUGGAAUUUUCUUCAUCUACCGGAAACAUAUCAGAGAGUCAAUCAAUUUUCGGGCAGUUGUGGUUUCACCCAAUUAUUUUGCUUAUUGUGAUUAUUAUCAUUUUGGUACUGCUUUGUUUCAAAAAGCGAUUUCAGACUGGAGAGACAACUCCGUUGUUGACUAUUUUCAUUCAUGUAGAAUGCUUCAAAACUAUCAAUACAAGUCUUGGUAAAGUUCAAGGGACCACAAUACUUUCUGAUGAUGGAAAUCAUAAAUAUUUGUUCAAAAGUCUUCCAUUUGCAAAACCACUGAUUGGAGAGCUUAGAUUUGAAUUACCCCAAUAUCCAGAGUCAUGGACUGGUAUACUAAAUGCAACUGAUUAUAGCUCCUCCUGCAUGAGCAACUUCAUCAACACUACGCACCCCCAAAAGAGUAUUAGUGAAGAUUGUCUUUAUCUGAAUAUCUUCACAAGUGAAACAUGCUUGACAAAAAAGUGUCCACUGUUGUUAUAUAUUCAUGGUGGAGCCUUUCGCGCAGAAUCCGCUGUGAUGUUUUCGGAUGAAUUCAUUUUGGAGAGAUAUGUGUCAGAAGACGUGGUUUUUGUCACAUCCGCAUAUCGUUUGGGUGUUUUUGGGCAGUUGUACUUUGGACAAAAUGGAGGGAUCAGUGAGAAUCUUUUGGUGCAUGAUUACGGGAUCCGGAACACGGAUCCCUCAAACCGGAAUCCAGAAUCCGGAAUUCAGAAUCUGGAAUUCGGAAUCCGGAAUUUGGAAUUCGGAACCCAGAAUCCGGAAUUCGGAAUGAAGAAUCCGGAAUCCGGAAUCCAGAAUCGCGAAUACUUGAUCUUGAAUCCGGAAAACGGAGUCCUCAAUCCGGAAUACGAAAUCCGGAAUCCAAAAUCCGGAAUCAGAGAUCAGGACAUUUCUGCUCCGCACUACAAUACAACUUUUCAUUGUUUUGUAAUAUCUUCCCCAAUUCGCAUUAAAAAAAUCCUUCGACUCUUUCAACGCAUUUAA